AUGGCUAAACAGAAAAGUAAAAGCAACAAACGAACAAAGAACGAAGCAUCCCCGGAUUCACAAAGCGUUAGCCCUGGCAGAACAGGACGCGCCGUUUAUCCCUCUUCUGGGAGCCCAGUGUGUCCCUCAGCCCCUGAUUACCCCGCAGCAACAGAUGUUUGGCCAGUUCUACCCACCUCACCUUCAUGUCCAAGCGGCUGGGACCAUCAUGAUGAGAGCUGUUACUUUCUUCACUGGCAUGACAAAUAUGACUGGAUAGAAUCAACGGCGUUUUGUUCCACGCAUCCACACGCUUACCUUGCUGAUGUCACUGAUAACUCAGAGAACGCGUUUAUCAAGGGGCUCAUUGUCAACAGGUUCGCCAAUGAAAGAGAUGCUCAUGUUUGGCUUGGAGCUACAGAUGAAAUAACCGAAGGGGUGUUCGUCUGGAAUGUCAAUAAUCAGAAGGUCAACUACACAGACUGGGGUCCUGGAGAGCCCAACAGCAUUCCACUCAACAUCCGUGAGGACUGUUUGGUUUACUGGGCUCACUACAGCUGGAAAUGGGCUGACUUGGACUGCCACCAGAAAUGCUAUUUUGUGUGUGAAAUGCCCAUGUACUAUGACUCAAUCAUUGGAAAGUGAAAACAGUGACAAAAGAAAGUUAUUUGAUACAUUGUAAUUCAUAUCUGAAAUAAACAUUUCUUUGCGUUUAGAUUUCAUUUGAAACGUGACUUGCA